CUGAAUUCUUUUGACGGUCGGGGGCAGGCGCCAUUUUGGCCGUAGAGGUGCUUCUGGGAAGUAGUGCGCUGACCUACACACCUUGCCAGCCUGCCGGGUAUGGCCUCUUCUGCCGGGACUUUCUAGGUCGAAGUGUUCGCGUCUGCAGCUGUUGCUGCCUUACUCUCCGCAGCCUCCAAGGCCUCUAGUCGGGCGGGAGCCUCUGAGCACCGCGCCGCGCCGUCGGUGGUCACAGCGCCGGGAAGGAGGUGACAGGGGCGGCGCGGGGCGCAGACACUCCCCGCCGAGAGCCGCCUGCCAUGGACUCGGAAUAUUACAGCGGCGACCAGUCAGCAGAUGAUGGUGGCGCUACCCCAGUACAGGAUGAACGGGAUUCAGGGUCAGACGUUGAGGAGGAUGUAAAUGAGCAGCACUCUGGAUCAGACCCUGGAAGUGUAGAGCGUCAUUCAGAGAAUGAACCUAGUGAUCGAGAAGAUGGCCUCAACAAAAGACAUCAUGUGACAGACUCUGAGAAUGAUGACCCCUCAAAUCUUAAUGCCAGUGACUCUGAAAGUGAGGAGCUUCAAAGGCAAAAAGACAGUGACUCUGAAUCGGAAGAGCACGCGGAGCCUCCUGCGAGUGAUUCCGAAAACGAGGGCGUCAGUCACCAUGGGAGCGACUCUGAGAAUGAGGGGACCGGGAAGUUACCUGUGAGUGACUCUGAAAAUGAGCAGCUGCUUAAUGGGCACGCGAGUGACUCAGAAAAUGAAGACGUUAGGAAGCCUCCUGCCAGUGAUUCAGAGGUUGAAGAGCUCCCCAAAAGCCCUGCCAGUUACUCGGAAGCAGAGGAUGCGCUAAAACCUCAAGUCAGCGACUCUGAGAGUGAGGAGCCCCCAAGACACCAAGCCAGUGACUCUGAAAACGAGGGGCUUCCCAAACCUCGCAUUAGUGACUCGGAAAGCGAGGAGCUUCCCAAGCCUCGGAUCAGUGACUCAGAAAGUGAGGGGCCUCAGAGGACUCAGGCCAGUGACUCGGAAACUGAGGAGCUUCCCAAACCCCGGAUCAGUGACUCAGAAAGCGAGGACCCGCCAAGGCACCAAGCCAGUGACUCGGAAGCUGAGGAGCUUCCCAAACCCCGUAUCAGUGACUCAGAGAGCGAGGAUCCCCCAAGGCACCAAGCCAGUGACUCGGAAGCUGAGGAGCUUCCCAAACCCCGUGUCAGUGACUCUGAGAGCGAGGAUCCCCCAAGGCACCAAGCCAGUGACUCGGAAGCUGAGGAGCUUCCCAAACCCCGUGUCAGUGACUCUGAGAGCGAGGAGCCGCAGAAGGGACCUGCCAGCGACUCCGAAGCUGAGGGUGCCUCCAGACGCAAAGCGAAGCCGGGCUCUGAGGAGGACAGCGACGGGGAGAGCAAGAGGGAGGACGCCGAAGUGCAGGGCGACCCCUUUCGUGCAGAUGCCCGUGCAGACAGGAAGCGGUUCAGCAGUUCUGACAGCGAGGCGGGAGAACCAGAAAGGCCCAAGAUGGGCAGUGACGAGGAUGAAGAAAAAGAGGGGGCGGAGGAGAAGGUAGCGAAGCGAAAAGCUGCCGUGCUUUCUGAUAGUGACGAUGAAGAGAAAGCAUCAGCAAAGAAGAGUCGUGUUGUCUCUGAUGCAGAUGACUCUGACAGUGAUGUUAUAUCAGACAAAUCAGGCAAAAGAGAGAAGACGAUAGCAUCUGACAGUGAAGAAGAAGCAGGGAAAGAAUUGUCUGAUAAGAAAAAUGAAGAGAAGGACCUGUUUGGGAGUGAUAGUGAGUCAGGGAAUGAAGAAGAAAAUCUUAUUGCAGACAUAUUUGGAGAAUCUGGUGAUGAGGAGGAGGAAGAAUUUACAGGUUUUAACCAAGAAGAUUUGGAAGAAGAAAAAAGUGAAACACAGGUAAAAGAAGCAGAAGAUUCGGAUUCUGAUGAUAACAUAAAGAGAGGAAAACACAUGGACUUUCUGUCGGACUUUGAGAUGAUGUUGCAGCGGAAAAAGAGCCUGAGUGGCAAGCGCAGGCGUAACCGUGAUGGUGGUACUUUUAUUAGUGAUGCUGACGACGUUGUGAGCGCCAUGAUCGUCAAGAUGAAUGAAGCUGCUGAGGAAGACAGACAGUUGAAUAAUCAAAAAAAGCCAGCACUGAAAAAAUUAACAUUAUUACCUACUGUGGUCAUGCACCUUAAGAAGCAGGACCUUAAAGAAACAUUUAUUGACAGUGGUGUGAUGUCUGCCAUCAAAGAAUGGCUCUCCCCUCUACCAGAUAGGAGUUUGCCGGCACUAAAGAUUCGAGAAGAGCUGCUGAAGAUUCUGCAAGAGCUACCUAGUGUGAGCCAGGAGACCCUGAAGCAUAGUGGGAUUGGACGAGCAGUGAUGUAUCUCUAUAAACACCCCAAGGAAUCAAGGUCCAACAAGGACAUGGCAGGGAAAUUAAUCAAUGAAUGGUCCCGGCCUAUAUUUGGUCUUACCUCAAACUACAAAGGAAUGACAAGAGAAGAAAGGGAGCAGAGAGACCUAGAGCAGAUGCCUCAACGGCGACGAAUGAACAGCACUGGUGGUCAGACACCCCGAAGAGAUUUGGAAAAGGUGCUGACAGGAGAGGAAAAGGCUCUUAGACCUGGAGAUCCUGGAUUCUGUGCCCGGGCAAGGGUCCCCAUGCCCUCGAACAAGGACUAUGUUGUCAGGCCCAAGUGGAACGUGGAAAUGGAGUCGUCCAGGUUUCAGGGGACCUCCAAGAAGGGUAUCAGUCGACUGGAUAAACAGAUGAGAAAGUUCACAGACAUCAGGAAAAAAAGCAGAUCUGCACACGCAGUAAAAAUCAGCAUCGAGGGCAAUAAAAUGCCCUUGUGACUGCCUGGGAGGUUCCCUAUCUCUGCUCUUAAGAAAUGCGCGAUGGACUCUUUGGCGAAAGAUGAUAUUUUAAAAACUUUUUUAGUGUACUUGUAAAUGAUUCAGCUUGUAUCAAAUGUUGUCAUAGGACUUGCAUUUCUCUCAGUUAUAUUUAAAACCAUUUGUUGUGCACUUUGUACAGAAGAAUACUAGUCAUACUUCUAUCAACUUUACACAAUAAAAUUCCAUUCUGGUUUUGGG